GAAGCAAAAUGUCUCUGAUAAACAUGGAAGCAAGACCACUUGACGCUAAAAUGGUAACAAGAAGAUGUGUUUUAGCAAGAUUAAAAGAAGUGACAGGGGCAAAGUACAGGGAAUUGAUAGAGCAGAAAGCAGGUGGAUUACUUAUACUUCUCCCUGAGAACUUGUCCACCAUGUCUGCUGAUACUAAACAGCAUCUACAGUCAUUAGAACAGGAGCUACUGUCGACAGAGGAUAGCAGUGUACCUGUAUAUUUUGCUUGGGAGACAGAUAAAUUACAAGAAGUUUAUUAUGGUGUGACAGGUGGUUCAGGAGAUGAUGCUGCUACUGCUGUUGAAGCAUUGUUUAGUUCAGCAUCAGCUAAUGGUUUCCAAAUGGUGAUGGCAGGAUCCCAAGCUAAAGCUCUCACAGACUUCCAAAUCACAAAUAUUCAGGGUCAUUUAUCUGGGUAUGGUAUUGAGGAGCAGUUACCUACCAUCGUUGUUGUGACACAUUAUGAUGCAUUUGGCAUUGCUCCUAGUUUAUCAACUGGAGCUGAUUCUAAUGGUAGUGGAGUUAUAGCUGUCCUAGAACUGGCCAGACUCUUCUCUAAAUUAUACACCAACUCCAGAACACACGCCAAAUACAACAUUGUAUUUCUGUUAUCUGGAGCUGGUAAAUUCAACUAUUUGGGUUCAAAGAAAUGGAUUGAAGACACUUUAGAAAAUGUUGAUAGUUCUCUCUUCUCGGACAUAGCCUAUGUAUUAUGUCUGGAUACUAUAGGCAGUGGUGAUAAUCUUCGUCUUCAUGUCUCAAAACCUCCACGAGAAGACUCACCUGGUGGACAAUUUCUUAAGCAUUUAGAAAAAGUCACAAAUACAUUUUUCCCAGAUGUUGAUUUUCAAAUGGUUCAUAAAAAGAUCAAUUUAGCGGAGGAAUUGUUGGCAUGGGAACAUGAAAGAUUUAGUAUGAAAAGAUUACCAGCAUUCACACUGUCACAUCUAGAUACCCAUAAAACACCUGAUAGAUCUACCGUCCUAGACACCAGGGAUCGUAUAGAUGAUGAGAGUCUAACUAGAAAUAUUCAUAUCAUAGCCGAAACUCUUGCAAGACAUGUGUAUAAUCUUACAUCUCAGGGAAAUGUUCAACUUUUCACAGAUACUUUAGAUGUACAGAAAGAUCUUGUAUCAGCGUGGAUGGAUCACCUAACAUCCAGUCCUAGAGCCGCACAACUCCUGCCAAAAGAUGCUAGUCUUCUCACAACACUAGAGGAAACUAUGUCCAGAUAUCUUAAAGAUGUUAAACGAUCUACUGUCAAAACUGAUAAAAGAGAUCCAGAGUUUAUUUUCUAUGAUGGUGCGGAGUAUAAGAUGAGUGCAUUCAGUGUAAAACCAGCAGUAUUUGAUCUCUUCCUAGCAUUAGCAAUUGGUGGUUAUCUCACAGCCAUAUACUUUCUUGUUCAGAACUUCCACAUUUUACUUGGAAUAUUUAUAAAGUUCACCAAACCAGCAAAAGCCACCAAAGUUAACUAAUACCAGAUAUCUAUAUACAUGUUCAUACAAGUGAUCAAAAUGUCUGUCCUGUCACUUUCAGCUUUUUUUCUACGAGUGCAAAUCCCUCAGACUUCCUGUAAAUAUCCAAUUUUAGUUGUUUCAUAAAUCAUGUUUUUUUACAUGAGAUAACUUGUCACAGAAGAAUGGUAAUAGCAAAUCCGAUGGAUUGUUAUUGUUGCUAUAGUUUACAUUAAAUAGACAUUUGAUUCAACUUUAUUCUACUGGAAUGACUUUUACACCAAAACUUCACAUCGUUUCUGUACUUUGUUGUUGGCGCAAUCAAGCAAAUCGUUUCUAUAACCUUUCAACUUCAGUGAGUGGUCAUAUACAUUUAAAUGCAGUGUACAAGUUUAUCAAAUUAUGUAUAGAGAUUUGAGUAACUAAAUGUAUACAACCAAGAUCAUUGUAAUAUUACAAUCACUCUGAUUAGCGUCUUUUACAAAAGUUGCUUUAAAUGAGGAAAACUUAAGGAAAAAGAGCAGUUAUUCAAAGAAUUAUGGUGAAUUCCUACUACAUUCCUGGUGCAUUUUUGUUUUUAGCUCACCUGUCACAAAGUGACAGGGUGAGCUUUUGUGAUCGCUUUUCGUCCGUCCGUCCGGCGUCCGUCCGUCCGUAAACUUUUGCUUUAAAUGACAUCUCCUCAUAAACCACUGAGCCAAUUUCAUCCAAACUUAACAGGAAUGUUCCUUUGGUGGUCACCUUUAAAAAUUGUUCAAAGAAUUUAAUUCCAUGCAGAACUCUGGUUGCCAUGGCAACCAAAAGAAAAAACUUUAAAUAUCUUCUUUUAAAAAACCAUAAGAGCUAGAGCUUAGAUAUUUGGCAUGAAACAUCUUCUAGUGAGUGUCUACCAAGUUUGUUCAAAUAAAAGCCCUGGGGUCAAAAUUGGCCCCGCCCUGGGGGUCAUUGAUUUUCCCUAUAUGCAUAUAGUAAAAAACUUAAAAAAUCUUCUUUUAAAGAACCGUAAUGCCUAGAGCUUAGAUAUUUGGCAUGAAAACAUCUUCUAGUGAAUGUCUGCCAAGUUUGUUCAAAUAAAAGCCCUGGGGUCAAAAUUGGCCCCGACCCAGGGGGUCAUUGAUUUUCCCUUUAUGCAUAUAGUAAAAACUUAAAAAAUCUUCUUUUAAAGAACCCAAAGAGCUAGAGCUAAGAUAUUAAGCAUGAAACAUCUUCUAGUGAGUGUCUACCAAGUUUGUUCAAAUAAAAGCCCUGGGGUCAAAAUUGGCCCCGCCCCAGGGGGUCAUUGAUUUUCCCUAUAUACAUAUAGUAAAAACUUUAAAAAUCUUCUUUUAAAGAACCAUAAGAGCUAGAGCUUAGAUAUUUGGCAUGAAACAUCAUCUAGUGAAUGUCUACCAAGUUUGUUCAAAUAAAAGCCCUGGGGUCAAAAUUGACCCCGCCCCAGGGGGUCAUAGAUUUUCCCUAUGCAUAAAGUAAAAACUUAAACAAUUUUCUUUUAAAGAACCCAAAGAGCUAGAGCUAAGAUAUUAAGCAUGAAACAUCUUCAGUGAGUGUCUACCAAGUUUGUUCAAAUUAAAGCCCUGGGGUCAAAAUUGGCCCUGCCCCGGGGGUCAUUGAUUUUCCCUAUAUGCAUAUGGUAAAAACUUAAACAAUCUUCUUUUAAAGAACCAUAAGAGCUAGAGCUUAGAUAUUUGGCAUGAAACAUCUUCUAGUGAAUGUCUACCAAGUUUGUUCAAAUAAAAGCCCUGGGGUCAAAAUUGACCCUGCCCCAGGGGGUCAUAGAUUUUCCCUAUAUGCAUACAGUAAAAACUUAAAAAAAUCUUCUUUUAAAGAACCAUAAGAGCUAGAGCUAAGAUAUUUAGCAUGAAACAUGUUCUAAUAGGUGUCUACCAAGUAUGUUCAAAUAAAAGUCCUGGGGUCAAAACUGGCCCCGCCCGGGGGGGGGGGUCAUUGAUUUUCCUUAUAUGUGUAUAGCAAAAACUUAAAAAUCUUCUUUGGAAAAACCCAAAUAGCUAGAGUUUAGAUAUUAAGCAUGAAACAUCUUUAAGUAAAUAUCUACAAAGUUUGUUAAAAUAAACGCCCGGGGGUCAAAACUGGCCCUGCCCCAGGGGUGACAUUGUUUUUAACUAUAUGUGUAUAGUAAAAACUUUAAAAAUCUUCUUUUAAAAAUGCCAAUGAGCUAGAACUUAGAUGUUUAGCAUGAAACAUCUUCUUAUGGGUGUCUACCAAGUCUGUUCAAAUAAACAAAUAAAAGUCCUUGGGUAAAAAUUGGCCCGGGGAUGGGGGCCUAUAUACAGGUGAGCGACCUCAGGGCCAUCAUGGCCCUCUUGUUCUGUUUAUGUGAAAGAUAUUUCCGUCACAACUGUACGUAAUCAGAAAAGUGACGUUUUUUUUUUCAAGUAUGUUUAUAAUUUUAUGUAAAAAAGAUAAUUUAGAAAAAAAAAUAUGUUUAUUUACUUAAUAUUUAGUAAAGAUAUGGUUUGUAUAUACACUGUCUAUCAUACACAGAGUUUUUAUUUUAUUUCUAUCUGUCAUUUUCUAUAAUAUAUAGCUUUAUAUCAUUCAUUUAUUGUUUAUUUAUUAUAUCAUUUCACUUGAUUUCUACAUUAUAAAUUAUGUUUAGCAUUGUCUUAUUGAUUCUUAGAAAAUCAUUUUUGGUAAGCAAACAAAAAUUUGAAUUUUUUUAGAGAAGACAUAUUUGGAGUGUAGAAAAGAAAUAAAAAGAAUGACUUGCAUAAGUUAAAAAAAUAGCAAAUAAGUUUGUAGACAUGCAGUUAUUUAUAAGAUUGUUUAACCUGCAUUAUGUUUGGGGUGGGGGUAUGUACAUGUUUUUAUUUCAUUUUGGAAAAAAAAAACUAUGCAAAUAUGAUAAACAACAAUAUGUACUUUAAAUGGUAUGCUCUGUUCCCAGUGGCUUAUCAGUAAAGGAAAUCUGCAAUGUUUACACAAGAUUUUAUAAGAAAUUAAGAGUUUUACUUUAUAAUUUUAAGUUUGAUUUAUUGCUUUGCUAACGUCUAGUUAUGAAGACCAAUAGUGGUAUUUUUGUGUAUAAUGGUCCAUCACUUUACAGCUACUAGUAACAAAUCAAUUCUAUGCCUGCCACGUCUAUAAAGUCUGUGACUGGGUACGUAACUUAAAGGUCUUUGACUUCAAACCACUUGCCCCUCACUGCUGUUUGUUUGAAUAUAGCUGGGGAAAUUGUAUUCUUUCAUAAAAGGAAGCUAUCCAGCUAGCUUAAGGAAUGUCCUGGUUCUACUCGGUGUCGGCUCAUGCCUGAUAAAAUGCACACAGGUGCAUUGCGGGUCUUCAUUCACCAGUAAGGCUGGAAAAGUUUUCAUUGGGCUUUUGUUUGUUUAAACACAACCAACCAAACAAAAACCUGCAACAAUUCACUUGGGUGUGUCACCAUUAGGUCAUUUAAAACUUGUAACAUGCAUAGGUAACAUGCGUAGGUCACCUUCAAAGUAAAACAUGUGUUCACAGUUGUAAACCAAAGAUAAUACAUGUAGUGCUAUCUUGACAAGUAGCAUUGUUAGAAUUUAAUGUUGUAAUUUGGCAUCUAUUUCAUGCAAAACAAGCAAGAAAUCAGUAUUGCCCUCUGUAUGAUAUGGUAUACGAUUUACAUUUAUCUUACCUUGUAGGAGCACUGCAAGGUUUUUGUAGCCUAAAAUGCUUGUUUUGUUACCUUUUAUGGCACUAAAGUUGGGGACAAAAUAUUUUGAUUGUCCGUCUGUCCACUUCUUGUAUGGUCCAUAACUUGUGGGUCAUGACUAGAAGAUAACCCCUUUUGAUUUUGAAGUCAGUAGAGCAAAGGUCAAGAUCACUGUGACCUUGUAAAUUCCUUAGAUCUGAUGUGAGGGUGUUCAAACUUAUUGUAAGAUCAUUGGUAUUUAAACCAAUAGGUUGAGGUCACAUUGACGCAUGAAAUUCUUAUCUGAUCAAUGACAAAAGUUGUAGGUUUGUGAAGCCCCUUAUUGUAAAAUAUACAUGAAAAUAUACAUAUUUCAUUUUAAGAGCAAAUUAAUUCUGGACAUAGUGUCCUGUGUACACAUUUUUAAUAAAUAAGAGUAUUAAGAUUCCACAUAGUGAACUAAGUUCAAGAUUAUACCUAGAAAUUUAGUUAUUCAUUCAGGGAUGCUUUUUUUGAUAAUUGUGCAAAGUAUAUAAGAAUGUUCUUUAUUCUUGUAAAACUCUAUUUGCUGUAAGUUGCUGGACCCAACUUUUGAAGGCAUUUGUAUGUUUCCAAUGACAAUUCUUGUUUCACUUGUAAAUAUAAUCACUGUGAACAAACUACAUGUACAUGAUUUACUGGAAGAAGUACUUUACUUUUAGUACUAACAGCUUUAUUUCAUGUCAAUCAGUUUUGCACACACUCUAGUUCAGUAGAGAGUUAUUAGCUUCAUUCUUUUCACUUUGAAUUGGGAAUUUGAGUUUCAUGGAAGCUUUAAGCUUUCUGCUCAGUCCCGAUUGUAAUUUAUAUCUGCAUUGUAAUCUUGUAAUUAUUUGUAUAAAUUUUUAACAUAGAAUAUUGUUAAAACCAAUAUACAUGUACUUUGUGUUUUGAGACUAAAUCUAUAGAUUGCGAAACAAAUGUACAAUUUUGUACUUUGAGUUGAGUUCUAAAUCAAUAUAGAGAUAUUUGGAAGAAAAUAUUGCUGCAGUAGUUGGGUAAAACUGAAAACAGAUUUACAUUUUUUGUACCUUAUCCAGUUCCUUUAACCAGGUUUUGUAAUGAAUAAAAUAUGCAAUUUAAAUAA